UAUCCAGGAGAGACGGCAGAUGGAUGUUGAAAGAUCCCAAUAAUUCAACAGCUGCGGCUAAUCAUUGAUCCGGCCCGAUCAUGGUACAUACAUCGGUCGUUUCUCUAAGGUUUCUGAACUUCUCAUCACCCUAUCACGAAGAAGCAGAUAUCUACUGGAGGGGCACAAUUAAGCCGAUAGCUUCAAUUCGUGUACCUGAUUUUCAUUCUGUAUCCUUCAGGGAUACAUAGCACUGCUAGCCUCAACUUGAAGCCGGGAUACUUCAAUGACAUGCCUCAUCACGCUCGAAUCCCGAAGCGAUCCAGGGAUGUCAUGACAUCACCAAUCAGCUCAAAUCGCAGGUGUUCCUGAAUCAUUUCGUAUGUUCCCGUUGUUUUCCCUUCUCAUUCUCGAUUGAUAAGUAUCAACCUUUUUCGCACUUCAUGUCCCUUUCAAGAUUUCCACGUACUCUUUUUCUGCGAGCUCGUCUACGUAUAUCCAACAAGACCCCUGCAUUCGCGGCCAUCCACAUACAAAAUCGCACUAUGGCAUCUCAGAAGCCAAAUUCGAGUCCACCGGCUCACGAGAUGGCUUACUUCCCGAAGAUGACCUCUAGAUUGCCAGCAUCAUCUGGAGAAUUUCGAAAAGUGCUAUUCACAGGACUUUACUCUCAAGUAGUUCUGAUGACUAUUCCUGUGGGAGGAGACAUCGGAGACGAAGUCCAUACCGUUGACCAAGCCUUGACUUUCACAUCGGGCAAAGGCAAAGCUACCAUCAACGGGAAGGAUCAAGAUGUGGAAGCAGGAGACUUGAUGGUGGUACCUGCUGGAACGCAGCACCAGUUCAUCAAUACUGGAGACUCACCUCUAAUUCUGUACACAAUUUACUCGCCUGCUGAGCACAACACCACCACUGUGCAUCACACGAAGGAGCAGGGCGACCAGGAAGAGGAUGAUGGAAUUGAUGAGGCACCAGAGUGGAGUCAGAAGAGUAAGAAAGAGAACGAGGAUGCCGGCUUGGUGAAACUCAGUGGGAAGUAUUGAAUGUGCCGAUCCAAUUCUAGACGCUCCUGUAGCAGCAUUUGUGAUGGUUUUGGAUUCUUGAAAGCAGCAACAUAUGUCGGCUCUUUCUCAUCCUUCAUUCAUAUGUAUUACAAGAACACAAUGAUCAAAAGUGUACACGUCACAGGUGACAUGGAG